AGGUCCAGGUAAGGUUGUCGGUGACUUUGGGGGUCUGCAGCGAGGGGCGAUGGCUGUAGAGGUCUACGAGGGUCUCCAACCUUGUAGAGUCGCCAGGAAUAGGGCGAAUCCAUUUCAUUAGUGACCAGCUCGGGCGGUUCACGUGCAUCACACAAAUAACUUGGCCUUUUUCUGCCUCAGUUGGGGGGAUUUCUUAAACGAACUCUAACUCCUUGCCACUGAAGAAAUGUCCUCCCUUUCAGAAUAUGCCUUCCGCAUGUCUCGUCUCAGUGCCCGGCUAUUUGGUGAAGUCACCAGGCCUACUAAUUCCAAGUCUAUGAAAGUGGUGAAACUGUUUAGUGAACUGCCCUUGGCCAAGAAGAAGGAGACUUAUGAUUGGUAUCCAAAUCACCACACUUACGCUGAACUCAUGCAGACGCUCCGAUUUCUUGGACUCUACAGAGAUGAGCAUCAGGAUUUUAUGGAUGAGCAAAAACGACUAAAGAAGCUUCGUGGAAAGGAGAAACCAAAGAAAGGAGAAGGGAAAAGAGCAGCAAAAAGGAAAUAGUGUUGGUCCCUCAAGAGGGAGAAUUUCUUCCUCAGUGGUGGAGAGAAGAAAGUGCAUUUAUUGUCUUUCCACAUAUUGGAGGAAUGUCAUCUUCCUAAAUGAAGUUUAUUUGGAGGAACACAGUCAUCUCCUUGGUGAAAUCUAAUCCGGUUACAUUGUGGCUGGUUUCUUGAACACAUUCUAACUGUGCAAAAUUAUUUUGGCCUUGGCCGUGUAAUGUGAGGUUUACCUGAUUCUCUAAUGAAAUAAAUACCUAAGUUAU